UAGGGAACCAUGGACAUCGAAGCAUAUUUUGAAAGAAUUGGUUAUAAGAGCCCUGGGAACAAAGUGGACUUGGGAACAUUGACUGACAUUCUUCAGCACCACAUCCGAGCCAUUCCCUUUGAGAACCUUAAUAUCCAUUGUGGGCAAUACAUGGACUUGGGCUUGGAGGCCAUUUUUUAUCAAAUUGUGAGGAGGAACCGGGGUGGGUGGUGUCUCCAGGUCAACCAACUUCUGUACUGGGCUCUGACCACAGUUGGAUUUGACACCAAAAUGCUGGGUGGCAAUGUUUAUAGCAUCCACACCAGCAAAUACAGUCAUGCUAUGAUUCACCUGCUGGUGAAGGUGACUGUCAAUGGCAGGGACUACAUAGUUGAUGCCGGGUUUGGAGGCUCCUACCAGAUGUGGCAGCCUCUGGAGUUAAUCUCUGGGAAGGAUCAGCCUCAGGUGCCCUGCAUCUUCCGCUUGACAGAAGAGACAGGAACCUGGUACCUGGACCAAAUCAGAAGGGAGCAGUACAUUCCAAACCAGGAAUUUCUUAAUUCUGAUCUCCUGGAAAAGAAUAAAUACCGAAAAAUCUACUCCUUUACUCUUGUGCCUUGAGCAAUUGAAGAUUUUGAGUCUGUGAAUACUUACUUCCAGACACACCCAGCAUCUUUUUUCAGAAAGGAGUCAUUCUCUUCCUUGCAGACAUCAGAUGGGGUCCACUGCUUAGUGGGCCUGAUUCUCACCUGCAGGACAUUCAAUUAUAGGGACAACUUGGAUCUGGUGGAGUUUAAGACACUGAAUGAGGAAGAGGUAGAAGAAGAACUGAAAAAUAAAUUUAAUAUUUCCUUGGAAAGAAAGUUUGUGCCCAAGCGUGGUAACAAAUGUUUUAUGAUUUAG